GAAAGUCAGAAAGCUGUCAUGUGGUCAUUAUUACAAACCAACUUGCUCUUAUUCAUUUUGCUGUAUUCCUGCUUUUUUUCUUCUGUAGCCUCUUCUCUGUUUCCCUCUUCCUGUCAGUUACAGAGACAAUUUCAUCUAAAUGGCAUGCACAAGAGUGGAGAUGUCAUUCUGGGUGGACUGUUUCAAGUCCACUUUUUUUCAAGUGUUGCUGACCUGUCUUUUACCUCAAAGCCACAACAGCCUACUUGCCAUGGUUUUUAUGAACUAGGAUUUAGGCAGGCACAAACCAUGGCUUUUGCUAUUGAUGAGAUCAACAGGAACUCCAACCUGCUGCCAAAUGUAACUCUUGGAUACACUCUUUAUGAUAACUGUGUCACACUUGGAAUUGGAUUCCGCGCAGCAUUGUCAUUAGCCAGUGGUCAAGAGGAAAAAAUUAUAUUAGAUAAUAGAUGUACUGGAAAUCUCCCAGUCAUAGGGAUUGUGGGUGAUUCUUCCUCUACACAUUCUAUUGCCAUUUCCAACGUCUUAGGUUUGUACAGAGUACCCAUGGUGAGUUAUUUUGCCACUUGUUCCUGCCUGACUGACCGUCAAAAGUAUCCAUCCUUCUUUAGAACAAUACCAAGUGAUGCUUUCCAGGUACGUGCUAUGAUUCAGAUUCUAAAACACUUUGGCUGGACUUGGGCAGGUCUUCUUGUCAGUGAUGAUGAUUACGGACUUCAUGCAGCCAGAUCUUUGCAAUCUGAGCUCAGUCUGUCGGGUGAAGGAUGCCUGGCUUACUUCGAGAUUUUGCCCUGGGACAAAGACAUGGAUGAACUCAGGAGAAUUGUGAAUGUGAUGAAAAAGUCCUCAGCUCGAGUUGUCAUUGUCUUUGCACAUCAUAGUCGCAUAGUAAACCUUAUGGAAGAGGUAGUGAGGCAAAAUCUAACUGGCCUACAGUGGAUGGCCAGUGAAGCCUGGACAGAAGCUACUGUGCUCCAAACACCUCAGCUCAUGCCAUACCUGGGUGGUACACUGGGUAUUGCCAUUCGUCAUGGGGAAAUACCAGGGCUCAGGGAAUUCCUCUUACAAAUACGUCCUGACCUACAUCACAAUAACAGCUAUGGAAAUAGCAUGGUGAAUCAGUUUUGGGAAUUCACAUUUCAGUGCAGAUUUGCUCCAGCUCCAGCAGGCUGGCUAGAAGGUAGAGGUGCAUUAUGCACUGGAGAGGAAGAUCUGGACAAUGUGGACACUGAGUUUUUGGAUAUUUCCAACCUCCGGCCAGAAUACAAUGUGUACAAAGCUGUAUAUGCUUUAGCGUAUUCCCUUGAUGACAUGUUACGGUGUGAGCCAGGAAGAGGACCUUUCCGUGGGCACAGCUGUGCCACAUUGCAAACAUUGGAACCGUGGCAGCUUGUUUAUUAUUUGGAAAUGGUCAAUUUUACCACUCCAUUUGGUGAUCAAGUGUCAUUUGAUGAGAAUGGUGAUGUGGUGCCAAUUUAUGAUGUGAUGAACUGGAUGUGGCUCCCUGAUGGAAGCAUUAAAGUUCAAACUGUGGGUGAGGUUAAGAGGUCAGCUUUCAAAGGUGAAGAACUCAUACUUGAUGAAGACAAAAUCUUCUGGAACUUUGAAUCCAAAAAGCCACCUCGAUCAGUAUGUAGUGAGAGCUGUCCUCCUGGUACCCACAUGGUGAGAAAGAAGGGGGAACCCAAAUGCUGUUUUGACUGCAUCCCUUGUUCUGAGGGAAAAACCACUAACAAGAGCAAUUCCUUGGAGUGCACCAGUUGUCCAGAGGAUUUUUGGUCAAAUCGCCAGCGUGACCACUGUGUUCCUAAGAAGACAGAGUUUCUCUCCUAUCAUGACCCUUUGGGUAUUUGCUUGACAGCAACCUCACUGCUAGGAACAUUUAUAUGUGCUGUUGUUCUAGGAAUCUUUUUCUACCAUCGCAGAACACCUAUAAUACGUGCCAACAAUUCAGAACUUAGUUUUCAGCUAUUGCUGUCACUCAAGUUGUGCUUUCUUUGUUCACUGCUGUUCAUUGGACGACCCAGGCUGUGGACAUGCCAACUCAGGCAUGCAGCAUUUGGGAUCAGCUUCGUGCUGUGUGUCUCAUGCAUCCUGGUAAAAACCAUGGUUGUUCUGGCUGUGUUCAAAGCCUCCAAGCCAGGAGGGGGAGCCAGUCUGAAGUGGUUUGGUGCUAUGCAGCAGAGAGGAACAGUUCUGUUUCUUACAGCUAUUCAGGCAGCCAUCUGCACUACCUGGCUUGUCUCUUCCUCUCCAACUCCACAUAAAAACACCCAAUAUCACAAUGAUAAAAUCAUUUAUGAGUGUGCAGUUGGGUCAACUGUUGGUUUUGCAGUGUUAUUGGGCUAUAUUGGGGUGCUAGCUUUCCUCAGUUUUCUAAUUGCAUUCCUGGUGAGGAAUCUCCCUGAUAGUUUUAAUGAGGCCAAGUUCAUCACAUUCAGCAUGCUGAUCUUCUGUGCUGUGUGGGUGGCCUUUGUUCCUGUUUAUAUCAGCUCACCAGGAAAUUAUGCAGAUGCAGUGGAGGUAUUUGCCAUCUUGGCCUCAAGUUUUGGACUCUUGAUCACACUGUUUGGACCCAAAUGUUACAUAAUCCUUUUGAGACCAGAGUUGAACACAAAGAAAGCUAUAAUGGCUCGCCGCAAUGGAUCACAAAAGAUUUUCCAUAUACAGUAGAAUGUAUCUGUACAAUGUCCAGAUAUUUUUUUUAUUUAAGAUUAGAUGCAAUUUAACUAAAAAAAAAAACACUGUCUAAAUAAACAAAGCAAUAAAUAUGGUUUCAUACUGUUAUGUUAUAUUCCAGGAUAUUUGGUCUGGAACUGAUGUUCACUGAGAAAGAUACAGUGGGGCAAAACCGUAUUUAGUCAGCCACCAAUUGUGCAAGUUCUCCCACUUAAAAAGAUGAGCGAGGUCUUUAAUGUUCAUCAUAGGUAUAGCUCAACUCCCUCCAGCUUCGGACAACAACAAGAAGCCCCGCUCCCCUUCCUGCACACAGUUCUCACUUCUUCCUGCAUCACAACCAAACAUAUAUCUUUAAAAAACAACAACAGCCAACCUAACACGAGGGGGGGGGUGGUAGAACGCAGCUCCUGCAGGGGGUCCCUCUGUGCAGGCUCAUGGGGGCUUUGAACACCUACCCUAGAGAAAGAGGUAGGCGUUAAAAUCCAUUGUCCUCUAUAGCAGCGGUCCCCAACCUUUUUUGCGCCACGGACCAGUUUAAUGUCAGACAAUAUUUUCAUGGACCGGCCUUUAAGGUGUUGUGUACAACAAAAUAAAAUGAUACGACCAAGACAAAAACUGUUGUAUUUUGCAGAUAUAAUAUUAAAAGCGAAUUCACUGUGUAAUUGUGUAACUUUAUUAGCAGUGUCCUCCUAAUAAGCGCCAACAACACUGAGAGUAACAUUCUUGUCAUGGUUCCUGUGCCUGUCCGGCUGGCCCCGCAGGGCUACGUGUUUAUUGUUUUGCUCUCUGUCUCCCUCGUCGCUCUGCCUGGGUGGAGCUCACUGCUCACGCACCUGUUUCCCAUUAUGCUGCUGUGUGUUUGGCAUUUAAGACCGGGAUGCAGAUCCUCUCACCGCUGGAUGAUUGUGCAAGACACGUUAGUGAUCCACCCGAGCCCUCAUGAACGUUCGAUUAGUGUCAGUUUGUGACUUCAUGUAACCACCCUCUAAUGCGUGCAGUUUCCUGGACCUGUGACCUACCCGCUGCUUGGGAUGUGCGUGAGUUGGAGUGAGAAAGUGGAGUACGAGUGUGAGAGAGCCUUCCCUUUCCCGGACUUCCACUUUUGGACACUUGGAUCCCUGGAUUUCCUCCAUUGUAUAUACUGUGCACCUGGUGACUGUCUAAA